CAUGCUGGUGUUCACCCGCCUCAUCGCACGCGCCCACAUUCUUCAACACGGUCAGCUUUACCGGCGGUGCGUCCCGCGGCUGAAACGCAGCGCUCGCGAAGGCAAAACAACAGAAAAGCACCCAGCGGGGCUUCACAGGCACACAGUCCGCUGACAGGCACCCGAGGACAGGCGAGACUCCCGUGCGCCACACAACACACGAGGACCAUGGAGAGCGCAAGCAACAACUCGGAAACGCUCCUCCAGAGCCAGGUCUCCAUGCUUUACAAUAACAGCAGCUUCUGUGGGAACUUCAGCAGCAAAAACAACAACACCACCAGCGGCUUCGCGGAGGCGAGAUGCGACAGGGAGCGAGGGCUGACCGAGGACGACACCAACCCGGUCAUCAUAGCCAUCGUUAUCACCGCUCUCUACUCCAUAGUGUGCGUGGUGGGGCUAGUUGGAAACGUGCUGGUCAUGUAUAUCAUCGUCAGAUACACUAAAAUGAAGACCGCCACCAACAUCUACAUCUUCAACCUGGCUCUGGCGGACGCCCUGGUCACCAGCACGUUACCCUUCCAGAGCGUCAACUACCUGAUGGGCACCUGGCCGUUUGGAAACAUACUGUGCAAGAUGGUGAUGUCCAUCGACUACUACAACAUGUUCACCUCCAUCUUCACGCUCACCACCAUGAGCAUCGACCGAUACGUCGCUGUGUGCCACCCGGUCAAAGCGCUCGACUUCAGAACGCCGCGAAACGCCAAGAUCGUCAACGUCUGCAACUGGAUCCUCUCCUCGGCCAUCGGGCUGCCCGUAAUGUUCAUGGCCUCCACUGCCGCCGCUCCCUCCAGCAUUGUCGACUGCAAGCUGAUAUUCCCUCUCCCCCCCUGGUAUUGGGAAACUCUGCUGAAGAUCUGCGUGUUCAUCUUUGCCUUCAUCAUGCCCGUCCUCAUCAUCACCGUCUGUUACGGCCUCAUGAUCCUCCGGCUGAAGAGUGUUCGCAUGCUGUCGGGCUCCCAGGAGAAGGACAGGAACCUGCGUCGGAUCACGCGCAUGGUCCUCGUGGUGGUUGCCGUCUUCAUUGUAUGCUGGACCCCUAUCCACAUCUUUGUCAUCAUCCAGGCUCUGAUCAACAUCCCCAGCUCCACGCUGCAGUCCAUCACCUGGCAUUUCUGCAUUGCCUUGGGCUACACCAACAGUAGUCUGAACCCAGUCCUUUACGGCUACCUGGAUGAGAACUUCAAGCGUUGUUUCCGUGAGUUCUGCACCCCGAGUCCCUCUGUGGUGGAGAUGCAAAACUCGUCCCGGACCGGAUUAACCAGCCGCAAGCUCCCACAGCGCUCCCACAACAGCGCAAACACGGGAGAUAGGUCCAAUCAACAGGUAUGACUAGCCUUGGAGGGGUCGUCGGCGGACUCUCGCUGUUGUGGCGGCGUAACCAACGACGACCUCAACUCGGAGGUCACGCAGGUCACCACAGGGCUCUGACCUCACAAACAACAUGACCCGUACAGACAACCAAGGACAUGACCGAGACUCGAUAGCAAAGCCCUUUUGUCGAGCAGCCCAAUUCUUACUAAGUGCAUGGCUGUGCAAGGCCUUUACUCUAAAACUGAUUAAGAAAUGGGUUUGAGAUAGACAGAAAGUAAUUACAGUGCGACUCCUAACUGAAGAAGCUUUUGCACUCAAUUGCAGUCAACGCUAUUUAAGUUUUCAUUAUCACUAUGAUAAUAUAGACUGUACCGAAUGAAGAUGUGCAGUGAACAAAGACAGCUGUAUUUAUUAAAAGCCACCCACACGAGAAACAUAAAUGAUUUUGUUCUGUAUGCUCCAGACAAAGCUUCGCCAUCGAUUUAAUCCUCCUCUCAUCCUACCGCUAAUUGUCUAGGUUGUAAAAAUAAUCUAUGAUUUGUCUUGUUUGCAGAGAACAAAUGACUUCCCUCCAAUCUGUCAUUCUUUUCUCCAGAUGUUUUCUCCUUGAAUUGUUAGUACGUUCGAGAGUGUAAAUGUUGAUUUAUAGGAGUCACUGGACAAUAAUGGAUCUAAUCUGAUUUUGGACUUGUGUUAUCAAAAGCUCAAAGGCUUCACGGAUCCCUCACCACACAAAUACAUCACCAGUCAGGAGGUAUUUUUCAGUUCAUUUACUCCACCAGCUGUUCUUUCUAUCCAUUCUGUAUGGCUUCCACCGUAUUGACACUGUUCUCCAUUCAUUGAUCUGCACAGUAACACGCUGGCUUUGGCCACUUCAGGACGAUCGACCGUGUUGACAUGAAACUGUGCUCCCGCCUCUCGACACAGCUAACCUUGUGUUGUCCAUCAAGCCCCCCUCAGUGUUCAUUCUGUCCUUCUUCUAUUUUGAUAGAGUCCCUGUAAAGAAGUAUUAUACCCUUUUUCUGGACUUAUCCAUAAGCAGACUGAAGUUCUGCUGAACUGUACUAACCUCUGAAUGUACAGAAUGAAAGAAAACAGCUGUGUUUAUCACACUGCGUCCUGAACUGUGGAUCCUCCAAACCAGCAAAGACCAUGCAUUAAGCCUGUUUGCACAGCACAGAGCUGCUGGAGCAUAAAGGGCGAACACAUGGUACCACUAGUGUAUCAUUAACUACAGCCAUUACACAAGGUAUGGGUUUAAUGGAGUCUUCUCCCGAUUAAAGAAGUUAAUAAGUGAGCCAAGCAGGAUUGUACAUUUCGCCGUAAUAUUUGAAAUUGCUUGUGCUUAUGUGUUGUGCUGUAUGCUUCUCUUGCCUGUUGCCUUUACAGUAGCUCUACUCGAUAUUCUGUGUGCCAGUAUUUUUUUAAUGAAGAUGAACUUGAUUGUAUUUAACUUAUCUCCCAUGUAACAUACUGUAAGUAUUAUGUUGCUUUUUUUUUUUAUAAACAUGACAUCAUGAGGUUGCAAAGAAAGGAUUUUGUGAUGAUCAUGGUGGACGAGAAAGUUGCUGUGCUUUUAAAUGUACAUUUUGUCAUAUUGAAUCAGCCAUGUUACUGAAGAAAUGUACAUUAAUCAGAAAACGUGUGUAAAUCUUUUUGACUGAAAACCUAUGAGAGGAUGUUUCUCUGUACAUACAGGUCUAUAUUUGGUAUUGCUGCUUUCAGUGAAUAAAAAAACUAAACUAAAUAAUUAUUUUCAGUCAUCAAGCCAUGAGCUACAACAAAGAAGAAACUGUUAAAACCCAUGUGGCCUAACUGUUAGAGAUUGGUAUAUUACAAAACAGCAGCUGAGUCUUGUAUUGAGUAUUUAAGUGCGACAAAAUGUACAUUUUGUUUCACAUAAAAGAUGUGUACAAAAACAUGUAUAGGAGCCUAGUGUCACCUUUUAAUGUUAUUGAAUGAGUUAAGAAUUAUGAAAUAUGUAGCAUAAGUUUAAAAAGUAAACAUACGCAGAAUAUUUUUCCAGAAGACAUACAGUUUCAGCUUCUGUCUUUCAGUACAUUAUCAUGAUGUAGCAAAUAUUUUACAUUCAGGUCCCCUUUUACAGGUUUCUUGUAUUAAAAUGGAUGUUUUUAACCAGCCCAUUGUUUAACAUUAACUAGCUAACUACAGCUGAUAACAUAUGAGAUUUCUUUUAAACAUCUACGUCUGUUUGAAGUUGAGCACAAGUUUGAAAGGUGCAGCAUAACCUCAUCCUAAAUAAAUGGUAUUUAUUCAUCAAGUGAUGAAGAGAUUAAUAUACAUUUUCCAGAAGAAAAAUACAUUUGUACUAUUAAAACAAGCAUCCCCCAUGAAGGAUAUAUUCUUGAAGAUGAAUUUAAAUAAAAUGUAUUUGAUGCUUUCCAUGAUCUGUACAGACACCACUAUUAAACUCUUUUUUUAUCAUGUACUUGUUAACAUGGCUUGUGAAUCAUAACUUGUCUUAAAAUGGCAUUUAUUGUAUGUUAAUGUAAAAAAGACAAUUUAUUCUAUAUGUACAACACUAUGGUAAACAAAACACACAAUCUAACUGUUAAUCAGUGCAUUGUCUAUGGAAUAAAUGUAUUUCUGAAUCUCACUGAAUGCCUUUUUUCUUGCAUCUGAAUAAAGUA